CCUAACCCUACAAAGUCUUUCUUGUUAAUAUUAUCAUCAUGAUAAUCUUCUCCUCAACCUUUCCUCUACGAUAACUCUUAGUCUCGCGGUUUUUAACCACAGUGGGACCCCCUCUCUCUCUGGCUAUUUCCCUCCUUCUCUCCAUCUUAUCUCCCAUCACCGUUCAGCUGAAAUCUCACUACCGCUGUUUCUUUUCUAUUAUUAUCUAUAUCUCUGACCUCGAUCUCCUCCACCUCGUUUUCCUCCGUGCUCUCUGAAGAUCCACAUCAAAAAUAAAUCCCCUACUUGCUCCCCCAAUCUCUGUUCCUUACCGUUUUCUCGUAUUCUCCACGUGCCUAUCUGUCCGUCCUUCCUCCUCCCGCCCUCCACAUCCUGGGGCCCUGCGGCUCGAGGUUAUUUUUGGAGUCUGCAUUCUGUCACGCCCUAGGCUGGUCCUCCGAACUAUCUCAUAUACCCUGGCUUGGCCUGACCUGACCUGACCUGACCCGCUCUCUCGGUUCCCAUCCUCGUCAUUAUAUAUCCCUCUAUCCUCCCACCUCAUCUGUCUUCUUCUAUCCUUAUACCCAUCGAACAACUCGUUGCUUCCCUCUGUCGAUACCUAUUUUGCACGAAGUAGCGUGGUCGACUUGGACAUCCUCAAACCUACCUUCACUCCUUCUACUCCCCUCCCCUCCCUUCAGACAACAUGGCUGGUCCUGGCGGUGGCCCUCCUCGCAAGAGCCACACCAAGUCGCGCUUUGGUUGCCGCACGUGUAAGAGAAGACACAUUCGUUGCGACGAAAACUUCCCCCAAUGCCGGAACUGCACCAAACACAACUGUCGCUGCGAUUACAUGGAUGUGACCGCAGUGCAGGGCGAAUCGCAUCCGGUCCGCAAAGUUCCUGACCUUCUUAUGUCCGCCGAAAUCGAGAUGGAGAUCAAGAAUUGGCAGCUCACGGGGAUUCCACCCUUCCCCGAGUUGAUGCACUUCCCGCGCAAUGCGUGGAGCAGGCUGUCGCGAACUGAUCUUCGACUCAUUCACCAUAUCAUCGGUUUAUCUAUUGAUUUGCACCGGCGGGGCUUGAGUGGAUGCACGGUUUGGGCCCCGAAGAUGCCAAUUUUCCUGUCCCUCGCCUUGUCAUACGACUUCGUGAUGAGCUCGAUCCUCACUCUGUCGGCUUCCCAUCUCGCGUGGAUCACGCAAAAUAAGGAGACCAAGCAGCUGGCCUACCAUCACAGAGGUGUUGCUAUUCAAGGACUACACAAGGCGAUUGGAGCCUUUUCGCGGGAGAAUUGCGAUGCCAUCCUGGCUGCCUCCAUUCUCCUCUCCUGGCAAGCGUCAGAGUGGCAAAGCUGGGCUUCGCUGCAGCAGGGUCUUACAACCAUUCUGGACUCCAUGCAUCCCGCCUGGAAAGAUGAGUCCGAGCUGGCUCUCUUCCUGGAGAACCAGCGGUACCUGGGGUGCACCAACACCCCCGGGAUGUCAGGAUACCAGUUCCAGGAUGAAGACCUGACCAGUCUUGAUCAGACCGUCCUGACCCUCCAAAAUAUCCAGGAUCGAGUCGCCCACAACCACGAACACUACCGCCGAAUCGCGGAACUCGUCGAGUUCGUCCGUCACUUCCGCCGAGACCUGGUCUCGCAGACACCCCAGCAAGCGUUUGAGCGGAUGCAGCCGCUGCGUCGGUGGCUUUUCUGGCUGCCGCCUGCGAUGCUGCGCGGUGGUGAGGCAGACUUCCCAGCCCUGGCCAUCCUCGCUCAGUUUUUCGGCGUGGGAGUCGCGCUGGACAGUCUGUUUCCCGACCUUGGAGGCGCCUACUUGGGGCCGCUCUCCGUUGCCCCGAUCGAAGAAAUCUACCGCAUAGUCCUCACCACCAGCACCGCCGACCCCUACAACGCCGAGCUGCAGCUCGCAGCAGCCAUCCUCGAGCUUCCCCGCCAUAUCGUCGCAAACUACAAAACCCGCAUCCACUGGUCGCCACGCACCUCGAUCGACCAUUACUCUCCUCCUCCCCCACCCAGCCCAUACCACUACCACGACUACCGCCUCGCAUCCUCGUCCUCGCCCUCCUCAACCUCCGCCACCUACCCACCAUACACACCACCCCUCCAAUCCCCACCGGCCGUGAGCGUCGCGAGCUCGCCCUUUGACGUUUCCGCCACGUACGUGACCGCUCCAGCCUGCCAGCCUCUCUACCCGCCCUCCCCCCGCCUUCUCUCCGACCCCCACGAGGACUUUUCCGACUCCAGCCACGCCGGCUCCCUCCAGCACUCGCCAUCAUUCCCACCCCCAUUCAGCGCCGACCUAGCCUGCGAAAGCCUCGCCCGGGUGGACAACACCCUGGGGCUGAACCUCGGCCUCUACGGCGAACCGCAAGCUAUCGUCGGGGGGUAUAGCAGUGCCGAGCCGUGCUGGACCGGCACUAUCCCUGUGUGAUUGAUAUGAUAUACUUUUUAUACACCUAUACCUACGAUUGGUCACGGAACCAACGUUUUUGGAUUGUUUGUGUGUUUGAUAUUUUGUUUGAUAAUGGGCGAUUAGAAAGGCGGGCCACUUUUCUCCAUGAUUCUUUCUCUGUUGAUUUCUUUCUCCACUUUGGUUUAUCUCCCCACUUUGUAUUUGACCAGCAGGCAUGCGCU